AUGGAAAUAAAAGCAAGAACUAAGCCUGCUAAGUUGAGCGGAUCGUUGGAGAAAACAGCAAUUGGUAACAGACGAGCAAGAGCAUUAGUGGAAAUGGAAACAGGAAGUAGAUAUAGCAAAUCAAAAGAAUCGACGGAGGAAAGUAAGCCAACUAAGUUGAGCGGAUCACUGGAGGAAACCGCAAUUGGUGGUAGAAAAACAAGAGGAUCACUGGAAAUGGAAGCAGGAAGAUACAGCAGAUCAAAAGAAUCAACGGAGGAAACGGAAAAUGGAGUCAGCAAAUCAAAAAGUGGAGCCAGUAGAUCUAGGGAAUCAGAAGCGGAAAAUAGACUUUUGUCGGGAGAGUCACUGAAGAAAAUGGCGACUGGUCCUGGAAAACCAAAGGAACUGCAAAAACAAAUGGGAAGUGAAGCCAGUAAAUCAAGAAGUGUCAGUAGAUCUAGGGAGUCAAUGGAAAUGGAAGUGGGAAAUAGACUUAUGUCGAGAGAAUCAUUAAAGAAAUAUGCGACUGGUCCUGGAAAACCGAAGGAAUUUGUGAGAGAAGCAGAUGCAGCACGUAUUGGCAGGAUGACCAGUUGGGAUAUAUAA